AAUGUUAAGAAAGAAAAACUUGAUAUCUUAAGAAUUGACGAUUGUGAAAUAAGCUCGUGGCCCUGGGUUACAGGAAAAAAUUCACUGUCAAUUCAAGAAAGAAUUAAAGAAGCAAUAAUUUUGUCCAAUGUUGUGGAGUUCAAACAUGAUGAUCCGAUAUGCUCUUCGAUAAUUGAUUUUUCUGGUCAAAAUUCACAUUUGUUCAAAUGUUUUUCCAAAAGCGAAUGGAAGGAGCUUUCUGAUAUAAAGGAUUGUAUGAUGAACAAAGAAAGUUAUGUACCAGUUAUUGAAGAAUCAAACAUGACAGAAAUAAAAAAACAUUUUUCAUGCUUAAGAAAAAAGAAAGAAUAUGAAAAAAAUAAUGGUUGGAAUGAAGGUACAUGGAGAUCAGAUUGUGUCACACUACCAUUUACUAUUGCCUCAAGAGAAGUUGUUUUAAAAUUUUUGACACCAGAAAAAGAUUCUAUAAGCUCAAAAGAAGGAGGGGAAAAAGUCACACCACCAAUAGCAGCAAUGAUCCUGAGAAGGAAAAUGAAAAAAAGGAUUAGAUUAGUGACCACUGUUGAUAUACCAGUGAAAAAGAAUGUGGUAAAGUAUUAUGACAUAUUGGAUAGAUUGAUG